AAAUAACCAUGUGUAUCGAUCGCACCCGGCAUCGGUACGGUACAGUACGGGAACUAGUUACUAUUAUGACCCGGGGUCACGUCAACAUGGACGUUUGCUUCUGACGUGUAAAUUACAAACUUUCAAACAAAAUGAGACGAAAUACAGUCACCCUGCUCAAGUUUGUUAUUGCUGCAGUAAUAUUCCUUGCUGCCGGGCCAGUAGCGCUGAAAUUUCUGUUUGGUGGCGGCAAGAAGUAUGCUGAUGAAUAUGUUGAUGUUCCGCACGGAGCCAUGCCUGUGGAGCCAAGAGAAGGAAAUAGAUUGAAGGAAAGAGCUUUCUCCAGUGAUGCUUUGAAAAAGAUAGAUUGGCACAAUUAUAAGCAGAUAGCGGAAGAUGAAGGUCGAGUGGGUCCAGGAGAGCAAGGGGCAGCAGUCAUAUUGAGUGCUGAAGAAGAGAAACAGAAGGAUGACCUUUACAAAGUUAACGGCUUUAAUGCCUUUGUUAGUGAUAAAAUCUCCCUACAGAGGUCCCUGAAGGAUAUACGACAUCCUGACUGCAAAGCCAAGAAGUACUGGAAUAAACUGCCUAACUGUAGUAUAGUAGUACCAUUCCAUAACGAGCACUGGACAACUCUCUUACGACUAACAUACAGUGUGAUUAACAGAGCACCGUCAGAGUUACUACAUGAGGUCAUCUUGGUGGAUGAUUUCAGUACAAAAAAGUUUUUGAAGGAUGAACUAGACAACUAUAUGAAGGAGCACUUUGGUAACAAGGUCAAGGUCGUACAUGCAGACAGAAGAGAGGGUCUCAUUCGGACCAGGAUAUUAGGGGCCAAACAUGCCACAGGGGAUGUACUUCUAUUUUUAGAUUCACAUGUUGAAGCAAAUGUCAACUAUCUACCUCCAUUACUAGACCCAAUAGCAGAAGAUUACAGAACAGUUGUCUGUCCCUUCAUUGAUGUGAUAGACUUUGAGAAUUUCAACUAUAGGGCACAAGAUGAAGGUGCUAGAGGGGCAUUUGAUUGGGAGUUCUUUUACAAGAGAUUACCACUUCUACCUGAAGACUUGAAACAUCCCUCCGAACCUUUCAAUAGCCCAGUAAUGGCAGGAGGGUUGUUUGCUAUCAGUAGAAGGUGGUUCUGGGAACUAGGAGGGUAUGACCCAGGCUUGGAUAUCUGGGGUGGAGAACAGUAUGAACUCUCCUUUAAGCUUUGGCAAUGUGGUGGCAAGAUGGUAGAUGCCCCAUGUUCAAGAAUUGGUCAUAUUUAUAGAAAAUUUGCUCCAUUUCCCAAUCCUGGAGUUGGCGACUUUGUUGGAAGGAAUUAUCGGAGAGUUGCGGAAGUAUGGAUGGAUGAAUAUGCAGAAUUUUUGUAUAAGCGCCGGCCACACUACCGAAACAUUGACCCUGGUGACCUGACAGACCAGAUAGCCGUACGAGAACGUCUUCAUUGCAAAUCUUUUAAAUGGUUUAUGGAGGAAGUAGCCUUUGACCUCGUGAAAGUUUAUCCUCCUGUUGAACCACCACCAGUUGCCAGUGGAGAGUAUAAGAAUUUAGAAGCUAAACUGUGUAUUGAUACCAAGCACAGAGGCAGUGGUAGCAAUGUCAAAUUGGAAAAAUGUAUCUCUGAUGGUCAGGCAGGUGGUGAACAGGAUUUAGAAUUAACAUGGCAUAAAGAUAUACGUCCGAAGAAGAGGACGGUAUGUUUUGAUGUAUCAACAUCUGUCAGAAAAGCUCCAGUAAUAUUAUUUAACUGCCAUGGUAUGGGUGGUAAUCAAAGAUUUAAAUAUAAUUUGGAUGCGCAACAAAUAUUUCAUCCAAUCAGCAAUCAGUGUUUAGAUUGUGAUACAGGUAGUCGGGAACUUUUUAUGAACCCAUGUGAUAAAUAUUCCAACACGCAAAAAUGGAUUAUAGAGCAUUUAAACCGGACAGCAGUACGGAAAGAUUGGGAAGAACCUUAACCUUUAGCCUGCUAAAUUUCUAAAAUGGACAGGUCCAUUAUUCAAUUUGGGCAGUAACAUUUAUUAUUCGAAGGGGUGUUUACUGAAAAUUUACUGACUGAAUAGCGAACAGUGCAGACCAUGAUCAGACUGCACGGAUGUGCAGGCUGAUCUUGGUCUGCACUGGUCGCAGAGGCAGAAACACUUGCCGCCAGCAGGCUAAAGGUUAAACUUGCACUUGUGAUAUAGGAGUUAUGUUAUAUACAAAGGUGUUCCAUAUAUAUAGCUAUUUAUUGUGUUUUAUACAUAGUCCAUUAGAGUGAUACAUGUAUUUGCAGAGUUCAAAGGAAGUGUUCGAUGUUACAUAGUGACACAAAGGGUGAAAGCAAAAGAAAUCUAUCUGCUCUUUUGUUUGUUUACACUUAGAACUUUUUUUGCUCGCACCCUUCUUUAUAUUGUUGAAGAUGUUUGAGCAAUACUUGAGUUUUAGAAUAAUUGUAUGUGUGUUAUUGGUAGGAAUAUAAACAAUUUUUACAAGUUGUACGUAGCUUAUAUUAUAGUAUGCAAUAGCAGUAGGUACAUAUGCACUUAUUUAUACUGUUGUUGUUUUUUUUUCUUAAUUGUUUGUUUUGAAACAGAAUUUCAAAUCGAGGAUUAGAAGUUGGAUAAUUUGUGACUUUUCAGUCCGAUUUAAGUUCUCAAAAGUUCACCAAAGUUAAUUCCACAGUAAUUUCACUAGGCUUUACUCACAUCUUUCUAAAUAUUGAAAAUGUUUGAUAAUCGUGGGUAGUGACUUGGGCAAGAGUUUUUCCCCUUAGAUACUUUCCAUUUAAAAAAAAGCAUGGAUAACAGAAUUUUGCAAAAGUUUUCGGAUCAUCUGUUUUUGAAGAAAAAUUAUUCUCUAGGUUUUUGCUACAUAAUCUACCUCAACAUUCUAUUUCAUUACAGCAGAACAAAGUAUUACUGCAGAAUUGUUGUCAGUGAUCAUGAACUUUUCAUGAGUUUUAACCAGAUUUUUUCCAUGUUUUCUUUGAAUUGUGUAAGAGUUUGGUUACUAGUGCUAAGUGAUUAUUACAUUCUUCACGCAGUUGUUGGGUCAGAUCAUGACUAGGUAGAAAUCUUUUGUAUUAGAAGAUAUGAUCUUAACCCUUACCCUGCUAAAUUUCUAAAAUGGACUGGUCCAUCAUUCAAUUUGGACAGUACCAUUAACUGUUAGAAGAGGUGCUUACCAAAAAGAUACUGACUGAAUGGUGAACAGUGCAGACCAUGAUCAGACUGCAUGGAGGUGCAGGCUGAUCUUGGUCUGCACUGGUCGCAAAGGCAGAAUCACUUGCCGCCAGCAGGCAAGGGUUUUAAGCUAAUCUUUUGUCUGAGAAAGUGAUAUGAAUUUAAGCUAUGUUUUAUGAGGUAAUGCAAAAUCUUCUGCUCUCAGUUAAAUCUUGAAACCUGGUUUGUUGUUGAACACAAACUCUUUACAAAAUGGAGUAUUUCUUUUUUAUUCGUAUUAGAAAGAAACCAAAGAUAAUAUAUCAAAACUUACAGACAGCGUGUGUAUUUACUAGCUUUUAUAUUAAGAUUUUUUUAGAAAUCUCGAUAUAAGUAACUGAUUAAGUGUUUAUGAAAGUAAAUUUCCAGGAAGUAAUUAAUAUUUAUUGCACGUCAACCGCCAUGACACAUUUCUCAUUGAAUUUUGUGUGAUAAGUGUUUCAUUUUUUUCAUUAAUGUUUCAUUUUGAUAUUGUUAAAAAUAAGUGAAUUCAGUAUGCUUGUUUUCUACUUAUUUUUUUUCCAACACCUUAUGGUGAGACUUGAUUUGUUUGAUAUACAUCGAAAUCAUAUAUUAUUAUGAUGUACUGGUGUUAUUUUCUAACUUCUUUCAAUUAUGUUGUCUUUAUAUAGUAAAACUUACGUGGGUUUAAUUACCAAAGACUACCAAUUAAUUAUCCACUGAACAAAAUUCUGGUGAAAAGUAGAUAUGAACAUCAAGAUUUCAAGGUUAAAAAUCUUUUGGUCUGAGAACAGUCAAUUUCUGACAUUUUCAGAUAUUUAGAAAUCAUUUAUAUAGUUGGGGCUAAUUUUCGUGAAUUUCAUGGUUGCGUCAAUACAUUAAAUUUAAUCCCCAACAGACCCUAAAAAAAUCCCAUUUAUUCAGUUGAAAUCCAUGAUUUUUCAUGAAAUUGAUGUUUUUGUAGAACAACACAAUUUUAUAACUAAUAAACUGAAUCAUUUCACAGUAAUUAAACAUGUCGGUAUAUUUUUUUUUCAGGGCAUGUACCGUACUUUGGAAUCUUUUAGAAGUAGUUAAAAUAAUUUGCAUAAUUUGUAUGCCUUACUCAAAAGUAAAAACUGAAUGUACUAGAAUUGUGAUAUAUAUGCUAAAUGGGUGCGUAUGAAAUGCGCAAAGGGGCUGUAAUAAAAAAAAACAACCUUUUUACUAAAGUCCAAAAAUGAACGAUGCCAAUUUCUAAAGUAUAGUAUUUAGUUACAUCAUUAACUUUUUAUAUUAUAUGAACGGUCAUUUUUUAAGCUUAAAGCAUUGUCAUCUUCACAUAGCUGUAUAUUUUUUCCUAUCCCUUCCCCAGGAACAAUUUGUACUUAUGAAUGAAAGAAAAGUGAAUCAUUGACUGUAUGUUUAAAAAGAUGAAUCUCCUAAAGGUUUUGUUUCUGUGAAAAUGUACCCCACAUUUCAACAUUGUGGAAAAAAAUGUUCUGUAUAUUGUUGAAGCUUCCACUAGAGGUUUAUUGUAAUUUGUUCAAAUAAAUAUGAAAAAAUCUAAGGGAUUGAUAAUUAUAAAGAUCCUGUUAUAAAUGUGAUCAUAUUGUACUUGCUGAAAUAUUUGUUCUUGGGUUGCAUUCUUGUAUUAUUUAAAUUAGAUUUGAUAUUUCAAAUAGUUUACAGUGAAACACAGAUUGCACAACCCAUCGAUACUUGAACACCCGAGUUCGCUGAAGCAGUUCAUGUUGUCACAAGCUGUUUUCCUUAUAUUCUGUAUGUUUAAAUCACGCAAUGCAAAGGACAACUCGAGCAUCUUGCUCAAUUCAUUGCAACCUCAGGCGAUUCAGUAUUUUAAGGCACCAGUAUUAAACAUUCCAUUUCAGAUUAAAUGACCUGUUUUUGAAAAUUUUGAAGAAUUAUUAUAGAGGGAUAUUUUCACUUACAGCGAAACUGAAUUUCAAAAUGUAUUAUUUUUACACUUGCAUUGAGACUUAGUAACGAAAUGUAUUUAAAUUUUCACUUACGUGUACUGUACCCAAUAAUGUUUAGUCGAAAAUUUUUUUCAUGUAGUUACAUUAAAUGAAAAAUGAUUUAUUUGUAUGUUACAUUGUAGCUUUCAAAAAUACCAGUUGCAAGGACUUCUAGCUUGACUAUUUAACCCUUAGCCUGCUGCAGGCGAAUUUAACAGCCUUUUCAAACAGCUUGGAACCAGAUCAGACGCCGAUUAAAUCGGCGUCUGAUCAGGUUCCAAGCUGUUUGCUACUCUGACAAUAUUUCUUCCAAUUUUGGAGCAAAUUGAAUGAACUUUACAAUUUUAGCAGAUGACAUUUCCAGCAGACGACAAUUUAUCUAGCAUGCUAAGGGUUAAGGAUUAGGUAGUCUAGGCUUUUGCACUCACUUCUUUUAUCAGCAUCUGCAUACUGAGUAUGUAGAUGCUAACUGAUUUGGUUAAGUUUGUGGAUAUAAGCGUGGUAUCUCGGUAACAACAAGUGGGAAUGGAUUAAAACUUCACAUGCUUGUUUAUUGUCAUGAUCUGAGAUGCAGUGUACAGGUGUCAUAACUUUUUGCUUUGAAAAUUGCAGAUGUAUUCAUUUGAUAAAUAUUACUCAUUUCAAGUUUUAAUACUGAAUCGGAGAGCUUGUGACACCUGAAAUCUUAGAAGCUUGACUUGCUUUACUGAUCUCAAGACUUUCAGGGGCACAUGGGCAUAAUCCUUACUCCUGUUUUUGGUAUGUAUGGAGAGUCUGUUGUAAGUUUUGUAUGAAGGUAAUCUUAUGGUAUUGACGCAACAUUCAUGUUUUGUUUUCUCCUAUUUGUAGUUAAAGUUGGCAUUGUGAACAAUAUUAAAUGUAGCCCACCCGCUAGGUCAUUAGGGAGGAUGCAGAUUUACGGAUUGCAGGAUCCUGAGUUUGAUCCCCGGGUAAGGCAUAUGUUCUCCUAGAUGAUUUGAUAAAAGACAAAACAAUAGUGUCUGAAAUCAUCCGUCCUCCUCCACUAAGUUGGCAGUUUCUUGCGGAGAACAUGUUAGUACUGGUACAAAUCCAGGAAUGCUACUUAAGUUAACUACUUGCCAUUACUGAACUGAAAUACUGUUGAAAAAUGGCGCUAUACCAAAAACAGACAAAGUUUGCACUGAGUGCACUUUAGUCAUGCUCUGUAGUAGUAUAUGUAACUGUACUGUGUUAUCACCAAACUAUUAUUUUCUCAAAGUAUGUAAAGUGUUAUAUGUUUUUAUUAUGAUAACCAGAGAAUUCACUCACCUCAUCUAUUUAUAUUAUAUUGCACAUAAUUCAUGAUAAUGUCAGCUAGGUAGAUUCAGCCAUGUUUUCAUACCAGUAAUCAUGCCUUCACAUUUUGUCAUACCUGUGAUCAUUUCUGUCUAAAAAUAGGAUAUGACAAUCCAUUAAUACAAAAGAGCUUGAAGUUGAAGUCAUCCAAAACUUGAUCUUUUUUUCAGGGGCUUUUGAAAAGGGUUACCUCACUUUCUAUUGCCAUUAGUGACAUGAUAGGUGUUGGGGAGCAUUCUGUCUGUCUGCCUUACAAUAAUUGAAUAGAUUUUGUAACUUGAAAUGCAAACAAUAAAGUUCACAUGUUUUAAGUAUUUCAAAAAUAAUUUUUACAUCACGUAUUAAAUAAAACAAAUAUAUUUGCAUGUCCUCCAGAAUUUGGUAUGUUGACCCUUAUCACGCUGGACACGACUGAUUCUGCCUUUGCAACCACUGCAGAUCGUGAUUGGCCUGCACAUUUGUGCAGUCUGAUCAUGAUCUACACUGGUUGCAAAGGCAGAAUCAAAUGUGUCCAGCAUGGUCAGGGUUAAUCAUUUUCCUAUUUCCUAUAUUGAUAUAUGAUAUUUAUAGAAACUGCUGUUGAAGUUGUUAUAGGUGUUAAGUGCAAGCACCUAUAUUCAGUUCACUUGAUCAUUCCAUAUAAAUACAUGUUCAUUGAAAUCCAUAUUUCUAGUCUAGUUAGGGGUAAAUGAUGGAAUAUAUUUUAGAUCAAGUGAUACAAUUUUUACAUGUGCAAAAUCCUAGUGUUAAGUUUUAUUUUGUUGGUGUUAAGUGUAGAUUUGAUGAACUAAUGUUAUUUAUUACAUGACAACCUUAUAAAUCACCAGUCCAUAGUUUGUGCUGUAUUGCUGGUCUGUAUUCAACACAAUGUUUACUGGGCUAAGAAGUCAGAAGUAUGAAAUAAUACUGCGAAAAUUAAUUUCUGAUACCAUGUAAUAAGACACUUGUUGAAUGGCUUGCCACUCGAUAGUCAAAACUACUUCCCUUCGGUCCUUUCGAACUUCACAUUCACUUUCCUUCGGACAUCAACCAUUAGUUUUGACUGUGGACUGGCAUAUCAUUGUAAUAUAUUAUUCAAAACAAACAAUCUUCUGAGGUAUGUUCAAAGUUUACUUUUCUAAAUUGUGCACCAUUAUUGACCAGCUGCUAAUUCAAUUAUUUCAUAUUUUAGAAUGUUGACAACAUUAUCACCCUUAAUAAAAUCUGGCAUUUUUUACUUACGAUGGACAACUUAAGUAUUAAAUAAUAUUUUCCGCACUUCAUAUUCCAUGAGUUUUAUUUAUUUUGUAUAUAGCUCAUAGUGACCAAAUUCAUUCUACUGUAAAGUAGCAUAGUUACUACAAAUGUCAUAUGUUGUAUAUUUUGUCAGAUGUGCACAUUUACUAGGCAAUAUACAUGUACAAAUUGAUUUGUGACCAGUUCGGAUUGGUCAUUUGAUGGCUUAAGUUUCUAUAAUCUAUUUUUGACUUUGAAAAAUGGUCAUAAAUUAAAUGUCACAGAAAAGUGUAUACCUUUCAGUUUCUGGAUUGUAUCAUUCAGAAAAAAAUAGCUUUUCUCAGAAAUGGCAAAAAGUUCCUUUGUAGUUCCUCAUUAGGAAUAUUUCAGGCUAGAUAUAAACUAUUGUAUUUACUUUAGCCAGUAUGGUGAACAGGUUGGCAUGAUCUGGCCCCAUGUUCACAAAAUAUUUUUCGGUCUCAGCUGAGUUUGAGAUUGAAAUUUUGAUAACAAAUUUUACUUAAACUUAAGAUUAAGUUCCAAUUGAGACCAACCAUCAGUACUGAAUAGUCUUAAAAUAAUCACUAACUUAACAUUUAAUUUUAAACAUGCAGUUUAAAUAUAAAUGACAAAUCAAGUUCCAUUUAUCAAACUCAGCUGAGACUGAAAAUGUUUUGUGAAUAUAUGGCCUGAUAUUUUUUGCUAUUUCUGUUCUAGCAUUGGAGGUACAGUUACAGUUAUGUUCUUCUCAACUGUGCUAUAUCUCUAGUAAUAUAGCAGCAGAAAUGUAAUAUUAAAUUUGAACUGUUCUACAACCCACCAAACAUUCCAUGUAGUAUUCACUCAGAAUCUUAACUACCUGUCUUGGUGAUAAAAGCUAUAAUUAGAUUUUAGCCAUCAGAUUUUCAUUUAUUUAUAUACAUGGAAUAAAACACAACAGCGUGCACAAAUAACCACCAGGUUUUUAAAGUUGUUGACAGAUUUUAAUAUCUUGUUUUAGCUCACUUGAGUCAAAGGCUCAAAGUGAGCUUUUAUGUAUAGAUGGGUACACUGGCUGGUACACUGGCCCUUCAGCAGGCGUUCAAAUCAGUCUCUGUAAGCUUAAUGAAAAAUAGUCCUAUUCAACUGCAUACUGCAUACAAGGGCUGUGAGAGAUCUCGAAAUAGAAAAGGCAAGUUCUCAUGGACCUCUUGAUGGAUCUAUACCAAUUUUGGUAAUGAUUUACAAAUGGUAUUCACUGGACAAAUAAGCUUUUGAUUGCAUCUUCUCAAAUGAACAGAUUGAUCAAAGUAUACCAAACUUGGUAUGUAGCACUUUUGCAAGGGACAUCUUUAAAAUUUGCUCAAAUGGUUAUGAACUCCUGCCAGCCAAGAUAGCCUGAACAAAGAUAAAAAAAAGAACAGUUUAAAUAAAGUUUAUUCACCAGUUUUGAAGUGGAUAUUCACCAAACUUGAUCUGCCGUAUUCUUGUAUAGAACUCUCAAAUUUGUUUAAAUGAUUCCACUCGACUGUACACAGGAUCUAGAAGACCCUUUAAAUGGCCCUUUAAUUAAUGUUUAUCAAACAUCUGGUCUGUAACAUCCUUUGUUCAAAUAGUUCUUUUUAUAAAUAAAUUUUCACUGCAUCUCAGAUAUGUUUAAUCAAGUCAGCGAUUAAAGGCCAACUUGGCCCUAUUUUUAUAUAGCACUGUUAUUAUUUAUGCAAUUUUAGAUAGAUUUUUCUGUGCAUAGUUGUUAUUUUGGGAUAAGAAGGAAAAUAAAAUAUAAUUUCUUA